GAGCGAUCAGUUUGAGCCGAGAUCGCUACGCGUUCGCUUCGAUUUUGUCCAAUUUUUGCAAUCUCCGCGAUUGCCAAACAAACAAAACAAAGUUGUACUCCAACGAAAAAAAAAAAAAUCUGAGAUAAAUAACGCGCAGCAAAAGCAACUAUUUUUAGCGGAUUACGUGAGUGUCAUUUGAAUUUUUUCGACGUGAAGUAUACGCCCGAUCUGCUGGCGAAAAAAAAAAAGAAAAAGAAAAGAACAAACAGAGUGCUGACCAAAUUUGCUCGCCAUCUGUAUGUCAGCAGCCAAGUGAAGUGUAAUGAAAUGUGUACAGCGGCCAAAAACUAACAACCUGUCGCACUGGCUGGCAAAAAGCGUUAACAAUAAAUAAGCGAAACAAUACCAACAGCACGGCCAGUUCAACUGUAUAACAAUGAGGAGAGAAGGCACCUCGAGGAAUUGCUAGACGGGUCCAUUAGCAGUCAAUCAGCCGCAGAGAAGAGCCAGCAAAAGAUACAGAUACAGGCGGAGCAAAAGAUACAGGAUGCACGAGAGACAAGUGAAGAAGUUGAAGGGCAGCCAUUAUGUGGCCACGCACGGUCGCCUCACUCCGGAUCCGCCCUACGUCCACUCGAACCGUGGCUACUCCACCGACGGCGAUGAGACCCACUCCCACCGGGCGCCCUCGGAGCGCACCUACUCGGAGUACACGCUGACCCACGAGCGCAUCUCGCCGCAGUACAAUGGUUCGCGCAAGAAGCGCUCCUCAUCCUCGAAUGGACACCACCAGCACCUGCAGAGCAGCUACAGCCACAGUCAGAUGGGGCUCUCCAGUUCGCCGGACAACGGAGGACCUCGCUCCCUCAGCGGACCGCCGCCCACGCGCCAGCCACCGCGUGCUCCGUCCGCCCUGAGCUACGACCAGGCUGGUGACGCCGGCAGCGACAUCUAUGUUACCAGUGCCGCCUACAAGGCGCCCUCCGAGAUCAGUCGCUACAGUCAGCGUCCAGUGUCGCGAGGAGCUCCACGGAGUGUUUACUCGGUGGCCAGUACGGCCAAGACCGGACGCAGUGCGCGCUCGACGACGCGGCGAGGCGCCAAGGUGGAAACGAUGUCCGCCCCAAAUCCAUUUUGCCCCAAUGUCAAGGGCGUGUGCUGCCUGAUGCUGUUGCUCAACUUGGGCCUGAUCCUGGUGACGCUGGGAUUCGUCAUUGUGGUGCAGUUCUAUGAGCCACUGUACGUGUGGAUACUGGGAAUUGUGUUCCUGGUCUUUGGCUUCCUCACGCUGAUCGGCUGCAUGAUCUACUGUGUGUACGUGUUCCGGGAUGCGAAGACGCCGUCGCAGGUGCGCAACGAGGAUCUCUACUGGACGCGGCACUGGCAGAAGAACAUCGGAUACACGCCGCAGGAGAUCAACUACAAGGCGGACAAGUAUGAUGCCUACUCGGAUCGCUAUUCGGUUAGCAAGCUGAGUGGCAAAUACUCGGAUCGCGAGAGCCAGCGAUACUGAUUGUUAUGCAUAUGUACGUACAUAUGCGGUUUGAUGAAAGGGGAUCCUUUGGGCGGAGAAGAAAUAUGAAUAGCCACAUAUAAACCACUUAUAUCUUAACUAAUUGUAAGACUAUCUACUAGUUCUAAACGGUUAUUAACAAGGCCCCUCAACGUACCUGCUGCAAGUUGCUUGCUGGUUUGUAUGUUUUAAGAGUGAAACUGACGGGAGACGCGAACGCGAGGAUGCAACAGAGUAUUGUAAUCUGCCAUAUUUGAGAAGGUUUAUUAGGUUUGAUUUGGCUAAUCAACAGGAGAGUUUUAUGCUAAAAUUGUAACUGCAAUUGUAACACACGAGAAAUAAACAAGCAAAUAAUACCUACUAGA